AAAAGCCUAAAAACUAAACAUUACAUCACAAACAGAAGACUAUAUGGCAAGGAAGAGAAAAGUUAGCGAGGGAGUAGAAGAGACCAAAAGUUGCAGUGAGGGAACUAUGGCUUGGGAUGAGAUGGUGCAGGAAGCCUCGGCUGCUGCAGCACUGGGAGGAGCAGCAAGAAGAGCUCGGAAGCGUUUUGUUGGUGUUCGCCAAAGACCCUCUGGAAGAUGGGUGGCAGAAAUUAAGGACACAAUUCAAAAGAUAAGGGUGUGGUUGGGGACAUUUGACACAGCUGAGGAAGCAGCCAGGGCCUAUGAUGAGGCUGCUUGCUUGCUCCGCGGUGCCAAUACUAGAACAAAUUUCUGGCCUUGUUCCCCAUCACCAUCUUCAACUCCAGCACUUCCCUCAAAGAUCACAAACCUUCUUCUUCAGAGGCUCAAAGCAAGGAUCAACAACACCUCUUGUUCUGCUCCAUCUGCUGCUCCUUUGCCUAUUAACCAUCAACAGAAGCAGUAUCAGGAAGAAGCUGCAGCAGAGUUCCUGGAAAACCAAUACACUGAUUUCCUUAAUGAUCCAGAAGAUUACAUCACAAGUAACAAUGACAACAUCCCCGAGAUUAGUGCAAGUAGCAUCGACUACAUGACGUCAAGUUUUGAGUCAUGCUUGACAGAAAAGGAAGAGUACUCCACUGCAAGAGAAUCUGAUCAGCAAAUGGACUGUGGCAAUUUGAGUGAAGUGGCUGGGACUACUUAUAGCGGCGGGGAUGCAAAUUUUGUAGGUGCAGGAUCAGAGGAAGAUGUGGGAGACGAAGAAGUUAAUGGUCAGGUGGGUGCCAUCGACUUCCAAUUUGUGGAUGAUAUCGGAUCAUCAGACUACUAUUCUCCUUCUCCUUUCGAGAUUGCUGAAGAUAUAGAAGAGGCAGUGGAACCAGAGACCUAUGCAGAUGAGCCUUCCAUGCUUAGAGCAGCCAUGAAGAGAAUGAAAUAUGAGAGGAAAUUCUCUGCUUCUCUAUAUGCCUUCAAUGGCAUACCCGAAUGCUUAAAGUUAAGGAUUGGAUCUUCAACAACAGGGAACACAAUGAGAGGAAUCUCUGACCUGCAGAGGGCUUGCAGUAACAAGAACAAAGAGGAAGCUGCAGAAAAACAAGCAUAUGAAGGAAAGAAAGAAGAGGAGAACCAGCAGAUAACAACUGAUAUGGGAUCUUCUUCUUCCUCUUCUCCUUUUUCUUCGAUAAGUGCUGUGAAUGGUGAUGGUGAGUUGUCACUUUGGAAUUCACUUGAUCUUCAGCCUAUCUGCUUUUUGUCUACUAAUUGAACAAGACCCUUUACCUUUAGUUUUUAACAAUUCAUGCUCUAAUUUCCACAAGGGAAUUCACCAUUAUUGAUUCUUUGCACUUGCAACGAAUGUCAAAGAAAUAAUGAAGUGUAAUUUAAGGUUUCAA